AUGGAUUACUAUGCUGGCCAACGGGACAGCUAUGGCUCGAGGCAGUCGGAACGUUCAAGAUGGACACCGCUCACGCGAAUGCUGCUCUCUGGCGAGAUGACGCAGGAGAAACAGAAGGAAUUAUCAGGGAAGGAAAAGUUUGACAGGUGGAUGGUUAACGAAGGUUACAGGAGAGUCUUCGUCUUCGUUUUCGCGUUACUCCACGCGCUAGUGUUUGCGUUUGGUUUCGUUCACUACGCUGCCAAGGACAACCUGCAAAUAGCUCGAGACACGUUUGGCCCGACGUUUAUGAUUGCUCGAUCAGCCGCCCUCGUCCUCCACGUCGACGUCGCCCUUGUCCUGUUCCCCGUCUGCAGGACGCUUAUCUCGCUUGCCCGUCAAACCCCGCUCAACGGCAUCAUCCAGUUUGACAAGAACAUCACCUUCCACAAGGUUACUGCUUGGUCCAUCGUCUUCUGGUCCUGGGUCCACACCAUUGCCCAUUGGAACAAUUUUGGCCAGGCGGCCGCUAGGAAUAACCUCGGAGUCUACGGCUUCUUGGUAGCUAACCUUGUCUCAGGCCCUGGUUGGACUGGGUAUAUCAUGCUUGUGGCGCUCAUGGGCAUGGUAUUCACCUCGGUUGAGAAGCCCCGACGAACCAACUACGAGCGAUUCUGGUACACUCACCACAUGUUUAUCAUUUUCUUCUUCUUCUGGUCCAUCCACGGUGCCUUCUGCAUGAUUCAGCCCGACUUCGCCCCCUUCUGUACCGCCACCGGCGCGUCUGCCAUUGGUGUCUUCUGGCAGUACUGGAUGUACGGUGGUUUCGCUUACUUGGCGGAACGCAUCGCCCGAGAGGUCCGCGGCAAGCACAAGACCUACAUUUCCAAGGUUAUCCAGCAUCCUAGCAAUGUCUGCGAGAUCCAAAUCAAGAAGGAGCACACCAAGACCCGCGCCGGCCAGUACAUCUUCUUCUGCUGCCCCGCCGUCUCGCUAUGGCAAUACCACCCCUUCACCCUGACCAGCGCGCCCGAGGAGGACUACAUCUCCAUCCACAUGCGAGUCGUCGGCGACUUCACCAAGGCGGUUGCCAAGACGCUUGGCUGCGAGUUCGAGAGGAAGGCCCCCGGUGAGAAGAAGGACACGAGCCAGGUUGUCGGAGUUGACGGUGCCAACGGUGAAGUGGACCCCGCCCUGCGAAGAGUACUUCCCCGCGUCUACGUCGACGGUCCCUUUGGCUCGGCGUCCGAAGACGUGUUCAAGUACGAGAUCUCGAUGCUUGUCGGUGCCGGUAUCGGUGUCACACCGUUUGCCUCCAUCCUCAAGUCCAUCUGGUACCGCAUGAACUACCCCAAGAAGCGAACCCGACUCAGCAAGGUCUACUUCUUCUGGAUUUGCCGAGACUUUGGCUCCUUUGAGUGGUUCAGGUCUCUUCUUCUUGCCAUUGAGGCCCAGGAUGUGGACAACAGGAUCGAGAUCCAUACGUAUCUCACCGCCAAGAUCAAGGCUGACGAUGCGACGAACAUCAUGAUUAACGACGCCAACGCCGACAAGGACACCAUCACCGGUCUCCGCUCGCCUACCAACUUUGGCAGGCCGAACUGGGAUAUGAUCUUCAGGGGCAUCCGCAAGCUACACUCGCCCGCCGAGGCGGGUGUCUUCUUCUGCGGCCCUAAGGGUCUUGGAAGCACGCUGCACAUCUUCUGCAAUAAGUACAGCGAGCCUGGAUUCUCCUUUGUUUGGGGCAAGGAAAACUUUUAG